UGGCAAUCCCUCAGUGUCCCCGGGGUGUCCUCAGUGUCCCGGGUGGGAAUCCCUCAGUGUCCCCGGGGGUGUUUCAGUGUACCGGGUGGGAAUCCCUCAGUGUCUCCCGCGAUGUCCUCCACCACUUGGGGGGGGGGCCCUCACCCUCCUUCCCACAGCGAGUGGAACGCAGUCCCGGUACCGCCGAACCGACCCUCGGUACCGUGGGAAAGGGGGGGGGGUGACAUUCCGCUGUCGCGCGGGGCGUCUCCGUCGGGACUUUUUUUUCCCGUGGUGCCUGGCGGAAGGGGCGGCGGGGUGUGGUGCGUCCCCGCGGCGGCACAGUCUGUGCGUGCGCGGCUGCGGGAGCGGAGCGGCUCCGCCAUCAUGGCUUCCACCGCCGCCACACACCCGGCCCCCGCCGCCGCCUCUGCCGCCAACACCGCCGCUUCUACCGCCUCCGCCAACACCGCCCCGACUGCCGCCGCCGCCGCCCCGCCGGUUCCCACCCCUCCGGGCAUCCUGAUCGGUGACCGCCUGUACUCCGAGGUGUCCCUCACCAUCGAUCACUCGCUGAUCCCCGAGGAGCGCCUCUCGCCCACCCCUUCCAUGCAGGACGGCCUGGACCUGCAGUGCGAGACCGACCUGCGCAUCCUGGGCUGCGAGCUCAUCCAGGCGGCCGGCAUCCUCCUCAGAUUGCCGCAGGUGGCGAUGGCGACGGGGCAGGUGCUGUUCCAUCGGUUCUUCUAUUCCAAGUCCUUCGUCAAGCACAGCUUCGAGAUUGUUGCCAUGGCCUGCAUCAAUCUCGCCUCCAAAAUCGAAGAGGCCCCUCGCCGUAUAAGGGACGUGAUCAACGUGUUCCACCACCUACGUCAGCUCAGAGCAAAAAGGACUCCAAGCCCCCUGAUACUUGAUCAGAACUACAUAAACACCAAAAAUCAAGUAAUCAAAGCAGAAAGGAGGGUACUGAAGGAGUUGGGAUUUUGUGUUCAUGUCAAGCAUCCACACAAGAUCAUUGUUAUGUAUUUACAAGUCUUAGAAUGUGAACGUAAUCAAACCCUGGUACAGACAGCCUGGAAUUACAUGAACGACAGCCUCCGGACAAACGUCUUCGUUCGCUUCCAGCCAGAGACCAUAGCUUGUGCUUGCAUCUAUCUUGCUGCCAGAGCUCUCCAGAUUCCACUGCCUACCCGUCCUCACUGGUUCUUGCUCUUUGGCACCACAGAAGAGGAGAUUCAGGAAAUCUGCCUAACAACUCUCAAGCUUUACACCAGAAAGAAGCCCAAUUAUGAAUUCCUGGAUAAAGAAGUAGAAAAGAGGAAAAUGGCACUACAGGAAGCUAAACUGAAGGCAAAAGGUUUAAAUCCAGAUGGAACUCCUGCCCUCUCAGCACUGGGUGGCUUUUCUCCUGCAUCCAAACCAUCUUCCCCAAGAGAAGUGAAACCUGAGGAGAAGUCUCCAGUGUCCCUGAAUGCCAAAACCAUUAAAAAAGAGGCAGAAGAGAGGCAGCCAGCUUCCAAGAGCCCUUACAACGGCCUGAGGAAAGACAGCAAGAGGAGCAGAAGCAGCAGGAGUGGCAGUCGCUCCAGGUCGAGGACAAAGUCCCGGUCCCGGUCACACACUCCCAGGAGGCACUACAACAACAGGAGGAGCCUGUCAGGGACCUACAGCUCGAGGUCGAGGAGCCGGUCGCGCAGCCACAGCGGCAGCCCCCGCCGCCACCACAACCACGGCUCUCCCCACCCCAAGGCCAAACACGGCCGGGAGGAGAUGAAGAGUACCAACAGGCACGGCCACAAGAGGAAAAAAUCCCGCUCCCGUUCCCAGAGCAAAUCCCGGGAGCAUUCCGAGGUGGCCAAGAAGCACAGGCACGAGCGGGGCCACCACAGGGACAGGCGGGAGCGGUCGCGCUCCUUGGAGCGGUCGCACAAGGGCAAACACCACGGCAGCGGCCGCUCGGGGCACGGCCGGCACCGCCGCUGAGCCUGCCACAGCACCCCUCAUGGACUCCUGGCCUCAGAGCAAACCCCUUAGAGUUUUAAUUUAAACCCAAUAUAUUGGUGUUUUUUUUUCUAAAUGCAUAGAAGUGUCUUUUUGUUGUUUUGUUUUUCGUUUUGGGAAAUAAAUUACCAACUUUUUGUUUUUGUUUUUGCACAUCGUACCUUAGCAGUAUGGAGGGGGUGGAAGGCAGCAAUCAGGUUAAACUGUACCUAUUAGAGUUGUGUGUUGGUUAUUGAGAUGAGAAACUGGAGAAUGGGUUUCUGUACAAAAGCAAAACAUACCUUAUUUUUAUACCAGUCAACUGCAGACACUUAUAUUUAAGUAUAGUUAUUUGUUUAAACAAUGGUGGAGACUUUCUUACACUGGUUUUAGUCUGCAUGUGUUGAAGGAUUUUUACAGGAAAUAAAAUAUAAAGCUUUUUUUUU